UUUGGAAACAGUACCUAAGUUGCUACAACAAUUCAAGAAAUUUCCUUAGUUUUCGAGUAAGGAAAGCACAACAGUGGCGUAAUACGUUAUCUUUGUUAGGCGGAAAGUACCAGAAGCGGGUACCGAUUUCUAGCAAUUCGAGAAGAUUCCUUGGCCCCACCAUAGCUUCCACAUCUGGUUGUAUAAACUUCAGAUCAAUUAAUUCACAACCGCUUUUCACAAUGGUUGCCGCAGUCGGAAUUGACUUGGGCACGACCUACUCGUGUGUCGGUGUCUUCCGAGACGACCGAAUCGAAAUUAUUGCCAAUGACCAAGGUAACCGAACCACACCGUCGUUCGUGGCUUUCACGGACACGGAACGUCUGAUCGGUGAUGCCGCCAAGAACCAGGUCGCCAUGAACCCCCACAACACCGUUUUCGACGCCAAGCGUUUGAUCGGUCGCAAGUUCACCGACCCCGAGGUCCAGGCUGACAUGAAGCACUUCCCCUUCAAGAUCAUCGAGAAGAAUGGAAAGCCUAUUGUCGAGGUUGAGUACAAGGGCGAGAACAAGCAAUUCACCCCCGAGGAAGUCUCUUCCAUGGUCCUCACCAAGAUGCGAGAGACUGCCGAGUCGUACCUAGGCGGUACUGUCACUAACGCUGUCAUUACCGUCCCUGCGUACUUCAACGACUCUCAGCGACAAGCUACCAAGGAUGCUGGCCUCAUCGCUGGCCUUAACGUCCUCCGAAUCAUCAACGAGCCCACGGCUGCUGCCAUCGCUUACGGUCUUGACAAGAAGGCUGAGGGUGAGCGCAACGUUCUCAUCUUCGAUCUCGGUGGUGGUACCUUCGAUGUCUCUCUCCUAACCAUUGAGGAGGGUAUCUUCGAGGUCAAGUCUACUGCUGGUGACACUCACUUGGGUGGUGAGGACUUCGACAACCGACUAGUUAACCACUUCGUCAACGAGUUCAAGCGUAAGCACAAGAAGGAUCUGUCCACCAACGCUCGUGCUCUACGUCGUCUCCGAACCGCCUGUGAGCGUGCCAAACGUACUCUCUCAUCUUCCGCCCAGACCUCCAUCGAGAUUGACUCGCUCUUCGAGGGUAUCGACUUCUACACAUCUAUCACCCGUGCUCGAUUCGAGGAGCUUUGCCAGGACCUCUUCCGAUCCACUAUCCAGCCUGUCGACCGUGUCCUUGCUGACGCCAAGAUCGACAAGUCCCAGGUCCACGAGAUCGUCCUCGUCGGAGGUUCUACUCGUAUCCCCCGUGUUCAGAAGCUCAUCACCGACUACUUCAACGGAAAGGAGCCCAACAAAUCUAUCAACCCCGAUGAGGCUGUUGCCUACGGUGCUGCCGUCCAGGCUGCUAUCCUUUCUGGAGACACUAGCUCCAAGUCGACCAACGAGAUUCUUCUUCUCGACGUCGCCCCACUAUCUCUCGGUAUCGAGACUGCUGGUGGUAUGAUGACCAAGCUUAUCCCCCGCAACACCACUAUCCCCACCAAGAAGUCCGAGGUCUUCUCCACCUUCUCCGACAACCAGCCUGGUGUGCUUAUCCAAGUCUACGAGGGUGAGCGUCAACGCACCAAGGACAACAACCUUAUGGGCAAGUUCGAGCUCACCGGUAUCCCCCCUGCACCCCGUGGUGUCCCUCAAAUCGAGGUCACCUUCGAUCUUGAUGCCAACGGUAUCAUGAACGUCUCCGCUGUUGAGAAGGGCACUGGAAAGUCCAACAAGAUUGUCAUCACCAACGACAAGGGACGUCUAUCCAAGGAGGAGAUUGAGCGUAUGCUCUCUGAAGCUGAGAAGUACAAGGAGGAAGAUGAGGCUGAGGGUCGCCGUAUUGGUGCCAAGAACGGUCUUGAGUCUUACGCCUACUCUCUCCGAAACACCCUCUCCGACUCCAAGGUCGAUGAGAAGCUUGACGCUGGUGACAAGGAGAAGUUGAAGACCGAGAUUGACAAGGUUGUCUCUUGGCUCGACGAGAACCAACAAGCCACCCGCGAGGAGUACGAAGAGAAGCAGAAGGAGUUGGAGGGUAUUGCCAACCCCAUCAUGAUGAAGUUCUACGGAUCCGGUGGUGCUGGUGGUAUGCCCGGUGGCAUGCCUGGCGCUCCCGGCGCUGGUGGCUUCCCCGGUGCUGGCGCCCCUGGUGCCGGUGGUGAUGACGGCCCCACCGUUGAGGAGGUCGACUAAAGGGUUUAUUCUUCAUGAUAUCUGUUUUUCCUCUAAUUUAUUCUCCCGGCGUUUUUCCCGCGGUGUAUUGAAUCGUCGCGCGGCGGUCACGGAUUUUCCAGGGUUUGCACUACUAGAUUUUUACUGGUAAUGAACGAUACAGGGCAAAAGUUGCGCGGCUCAUGACUUGCAUGGAAUGUAUUCUAGGGGAUUAAUCCUACUACGAAGCAAUGAAGUUAAUUAUGAAAUAAUCUGAUCUUG